CCCCCCCUCCUCCCUCCCUCCAUUCCCGUGACUACCAAGAGACGGCUACCUUGGGUGCUCUCUCUGGAACAAAUUUUCCUAACCUUUUUUAUUUUAUUUUAUCAUUCUUUUCUUUUUCCCUCUAAAUCUCCUCCCCCUUACUUUUCCUCCUCCUUCGCCCUGGUCUCCGCAUCUAUACGCGUUGUCCCUGGCAGUUGAGAUCUCCCCAUCAGAAUUAUCCUGGUCAAUCUCGCGCGCAUUGUUGACGCGAAGCAGAAAUUGGCUAGCGAUUUUUCCCUCUAGCACUGCUGAUUGUGUUAGACCCACUUGCACGCCGCCUCCCUGGUGGAUCAGAACCAUUGACUGUUUUGACAACGUGCGGAUAGUGAGAAGUUCCCACACAAUUCGAUUUUCUGGUGGGUGACCGUGGGGAAUUCAGAUUAAGCAUCUCGACCUCUUCCUGACUUCUUUUCUGCAGUGGAGUCCGACUUAAUCCUGCACGUCUAUCGUCGACCUUGAGGAUCCUUGAGCGUCGAUUUGCUUAUCGAACCUACUCUUUCCGAGCAUCUCAGUUGUCAAUUCUCCG